AUGAAAUCAGUUUUGUUCUACAGUGCAGCAGUUGCUUUAAUAAGCUCCGUUUUUGCCGAUCCGAUCAGAGUCCCACUUCAUCGCUAUAACAAACGACACCAUAGCCAUGAUUAUAUCGCCGUGCCUGCCGACAACUUAAUGAACGGCAUGAUGGGUGGUACAAUUUCCAUUGGUAACCCACCACAAAACUUUACUGUUGCUUUCGAUACAUCCACCGGUUUUUCCUGGGUGCGUGGACCUCAGUGUGGAGUAGAGAACUGUGAAGAUCGUAAGAUUUACGACCCCAGACAGUCAAGUACUGCUAUUUCCUCAGGCAGGUCCUUUUCAAUGGAUUAUGGUGAGGGUUUUGUCAAUACAACCUUAUACCGUGAUACUUUCCGUUUUGCCGGUCUUGAAGUAAAGAAUAUGACAUUCGGUGCUGCGUAUAUGAUGGAAUAUUUCGAUAAAGGAUUUGAUGGUUAUCUUGGUCUCGGACGUAAUGUCAAUAUGAGUGCUUAUGGUUCGCAAUUUGCCAAGCGUGAUUUGAGCUCGUCAAGUUUUGUACCCAAUGCUUUCCAGCAAAGUAGCGGUUUAUCCAGUGCUCAAUUUGGUAUGUAUACCACCACCUCCGGCAAUGGUUUCUCUGACUCAGGUGUUGUAUCCGGGGUUGCCCUUAAUGGUAUUCGCGAUGAUAACUAUUCUCUUGUCAAACGUAAUGAUGAGCCUGAUGGUUAUCUUAUUCUCGGUGGUGUUGCUAAAGAUGUUAUUCGUGGUAAACUGUACCACAUGGAUAUUGACGAUGAUUAUCCAGAAAAUUGGGCUGUGCCCGUCAGCCAAGUCAGUUUUGUAGGCGAAAAUAACUUCAAAGUUCACAAACAUGCCAGAGCAGUUUUCAGUUCUUCAACAGAUGUCAUUGGCUUACCUAACGAUCAAGCUGCCGAAUUCCAAAAGCACUGGUACGCUGAAUAUGACAAGCCUGACAAUACAUUCAAAAUUCCUUGUUGUUUGAUGGAAAGAUUACCCAACUUUAAGAUUACUCUUGGUGACGUCAAGAUCACCCUUCCUCCUCGUUAUUGGAGUCAUCCUCGUCCAGUCACCAGCUGCUGUGAAAUGUGCCGCUCUCAUAUCGGCAAGAGUGAAUCUGAUACUGACUACGUUAUCGGUUCUGCCCUUACCAACUCCUUCUAUACUCAAUUUAAUUCUGAAAAGAAUACUGUCAGUCUAGGUAUCAAGAAAAACCAAAUCGAUGACGGACUUCGUCUUUCAAAGGCUUAA